AUGGCAGCCGUCGCUCCUCCUCGCGGCCUUGCGCCGAACUCAUCAUUACCCGCCAAGAUUUCUACGAUUUCUCCUAAUCAGACUCUUUAUGUUAAAAACCUGCCAUCCGCGAAAAUUCAGAAAAACGAUCUGCGAACGGAGCUCUACUUGCUUUUCUCUACUUAUGGCCCCGUCCUUGAUAUUGUUGCCAUGAAGACAAUGAAGAUGCGAGGCCAGGCACACAUCACUUUUCGUGAUGUGCAAGCAGCGACUCAAGCUAUGCGCUCGCUGGAAGGCUUCGAAUUUCUUGGCCGCCCUCUGACGAUCCAAUAUGCCAAGUCUAAGUCUGACUUCGUUGCGAAACUCGACGGCACGUACAAGAUGCCGAACUCAACCGCCGGUGCCUCUAAUAUCGAAGUCACGGAGCUCCAACAAAGCAUCUUUAACGCGCCGGCACCGGGUGGCGCGCCUGCGCCCGCAGCAGCGAAGCCCACCACUGCCAAUGAUCAGCCAAUGGGUGACGCGCAAGCUUCUGAUGCGAGGGGCCAGAAGCGGCAGCGAGAUGAGGAAGAAGACGAUGAUAGCGACGUCGCGAUGGAAGAGGACAGCGACGACGAUUGA